AAGGGCUUUGUCAUCUUCAUGUUCACUCAGCAGAUCAGCCCAGCUCAGAAGCUCCAAAUAGUCCAAUCAAGCAGGGAUUUCUCGAGUUGUGAACAUGGCGCAGACAAGAGCAGGUCGUCUUCUUGCCGUUAUCGGCGACGAGGAUACGUGCACAGGAUUUCUCUUGGGUGGAAUUGGAGAAAUAAAUUCAAAACGUCAACCCAACUUUUUCGUUGUCAAGAAAGAUACUCCAGUAAGUGAAAUCGAAGAUGCUUUCCGUCAGUUCACGACGAGAGAUGAUGUGGCUAUCAUUCUGAUCAAUCAACAUAUUGGCCAGGAGAUCCGCCAUGUUCUAGAUGGAUAUGAUCAGACGAUACCAUCAGUGCUUGAGAUUCCAUCCAAGGAGCAUCCGUAUGACCCUAGCAAGGAUUCUAUUCUGCGAAGAGCAAAGGGUAUGUUUAGUGCAGAGGACUUCCGCUAAGAAGCGACGGAAGAAGGACUUUAGGUACACCUGUGCUAUCAGAGAAGUAGAAAUCUUAAAAACUGUGGGCCCUGUGCGUUCAUUUAUUGCAAAAGCUGUUUCUUGCUUUGCUUUUGGUUUUAGCUCUGUCUGUUGAUACUUGUAAGUGUAUGUGGAUUAUGUGCUGCUGUCGGCUGUGCCAACAAUGUACAUUAUCGUUUCUUAUCAUAAUGCUACUUCAUGACCUCAAAUCGUUUCUGGCGAAGUGACUGUUACAGAACAGAAAACAAAUCUCUGCCCCUUCCCCAAUAUUAUCAACAGCAAUUGAACGUCCCAUUCUCUGAAGAUCUGCUUGUCCGGCCGAUUGGUCGCCCAUGCUCUCGCUGAGACUGUUUUGAUACCGAUUCACACACCUCUU